CGUACAGACGCACCAAUGGUGGACGAGGAGAUGGCUAUCACCACGGAUGCGGUCAGUGCCUCAGACGCCGAGACACAAAUGGAAGAAGGAUAUCACAGUGCAGGUAGAGCUGAUGGCGCAACCGUCAAUACAUCGGACGGAAGCGAGGACCAAAGUUCAUCAGCAGAAGUCGAUGGAACGGAUGGAGCGGGUGAAGCAGCACACAAAGGCAGCGCAGGCGUCCCGAUGGAUGAUGACGGGGACGAUUCAAGUGGCGCAGAGGAUGCCGGUGAUGCCCUGGUUGGCGCAAACCCGCUGGUCAAGAGCUUGGUGCCAACAACGAAGACCUUCGACCGACAUGUCAAGAUCUUGAUACACAACAAAGACCACAACCUGUACUUUGAUCAAUGGAAGCGCAAGCUGAAUCACAAGAGUACGGUAAAGCGACUACGCAUGUCGUUCGAGGAGUUGUUGCCGAGGUUGAUGGGGGCUCGAGACUAUGCAGGUGCGGCAAAAGUAUUGGAGGUGAUGUAUCAUCGAUUCACGGUGACCCCAGCUUUGUGCAUUGAGGCAAGUCUUGAGAUCUUACGCCGGCAACCAGACUACCGUAAUGACUUGCUGAGCUACUACGAGGCUGCGUUGAACGUUGAGCGUAUCGACAAAUUAUUGAUUCUGAAAGAGAUGUGGCUCUUUCACAUCGUUCACGGGGAGUUUUACGAGGCCUACCAUUUGUACCAAGACAAAAUUGAACAGCUGGAGGAAGUUGAGAAUGAUGCGAGGUUACUCGCAAAUUUUGGCAUUUUAUGCUACUGGCUCAUGUUUAUUGAGUCACAAGAGCUCCGUGAUAUGCUGAAGCGCGAAGACAUGGAAUAUGAGGAUGACGAAGACGAAGACAUGAAUGCCAGUGACGGCAAUGGGGUUUACGCAAGCGAGAGUAUCGAAUCAGUGAUCGAGUCCAAUUACUUGUUCAAAACGCCCAUUGGGGUUCACAUCCUGUAUCAGCAAGCUAGCAAUGCGCUGAGGCGUGCAGUGGCAUUGAGUCCGAACUCGGCUAUGUUUGUGGAGUACUAUGUCCAGCUCCUAGUACUGGUGGGGGACAUUCAGCCAGCAUGCGAUUAUCUAGAAGCUUUCUACCACAUGAACCCUGAGGAUCCGCAUGGACCAAGAAUGCUUGCACGGUUUUUAGGAUGCUACUAUCUGGAUUCGGUGGAAGCUCACGUCUCCGUGUUUACCAGAUGGAUGAAAGACGACCCUACUUGUAGCUAUCCUCUGGAAAAGAUGUUGGAAUUGUCCAGCGCUGGAGCAGUGUCAUCAUUCGUUUUGACAAAGGUCCUCGUUGAGGCCCUUGACACCUGCGGCAGUGAUUUGUAUGUCGCGCAGAAUCCAAAUGUAUCUUUGACGUUGUGGAGGAAUCUGGCAGAGCUGCUGGCAGCAAUGGAUGAGGGCGAAUUUUUACUGGAUCAAGUCGGAGGAGGAGUGCCUGAUCAGUCGAAUCAAGUCACCCUUGCAGAUGUGGGAGCACAGCAUUCGUGGUGGAAACGAAUUUAUUUUGCCAGGCCAAACACAGUGCAAGAAGUCGUAGCAAUGUCGAAACGGGACGGUACUUUCGUUGAAGUAUCUAUUUAUCGAGCUGCUGUGGCAGAUCGCCUUUUUCCUGGCCACCUCCCGAUGACAGAGGCCCUGCGCUCUGCAAUGGGUUCACCGGAUGUGACAUUCAGUCACGAACAUGUUCGUUUGUUUAAAAGCUUUUUCCCGUCUGCCUCAACAGCAACAGCGAGCACGGCGGUACACACAUCAUUCCAUGCCAUGCCGUUUACCCACGUAAUUGUCGACGAAGAAAAUACUCGAGAUAAUUUGCCACUGCCCGUUUUCAGAGGAAGCUCGGAUACUGUGCACGUGAUCGACCGGAAGUCAAUUGUGGAAAGAGAGGCCACUGGCGAGAAGACUGAGCUAGUGGUAACUCGAGAAGGUGACAUUGAAGACGUUGAUGCACAAUUUCUGGAAGAACUCCAAGAAGCACUGGAAUUGGAAGUUAAUCGCUCGACUACAAGUGAUAAACCGUCCCCGAGAAAGCGCAAGGCGGAUGCUAUCUCCACGUCAAUUCCUGUUUUCAUGCCAGCGUUUAUCGGAAUGGUCGAAGAAGAGGUCUUCAAUAAUCCAGAUGCCUCUCUGCCUCACAUCUACUCGACGAUACACCAGAAACUGCGUCGAACGGAUAUGCUGGUGCCUACAUCGAAAGUUCUUGCCCUUUGUGUGGAUUUCUUUCGGAGGCGUUUGAAGGAUGGAGGCCCGUUGCUUCGAUACGAGGAGUUCAUUAUCCCAUUUAUGCGUCGCCAAAGAGACAAGAGUACGUUCGAGAUCACAAGGGACCUCGCAAAGAGAGCUAUCGAGGAGAUGAAGCGCGUGUGGCCCAACCCACCCCCGCAUUUCCCUGAUGAGAAUCUUGUCCAAGAGACGAUGCGCCGUAAAGUGCCGAUGUUGUCACGCGAGCGGAGACUUCAGGUGAUGGAGCUCAAGAAAACACUGCGACCAGUCCUCAAGGAGCUCGUGUACGUGGACGAAAAAGAGUUUGUAGAUGUGAUUUAUUCAGUCUGCAAGGAGAAUGGACUUCUCGGUGUAUUGAACCGUUUCGACAUCGCGCAUACAGUACAGGUGAUGCUACCGAUGCAUUACUUUCGAGUGCUUCAAAGAGUGCCGCCUUACUUACUGGACAUUCUUACGUCACCAACAUUUCGGAUGGGCUGCAACACUGUGGAAGAGAUCCUUGACAAGCUCAAGAAAAUGAGGCAUUCGCCGGUUAAAGAGGUCCAAACGCUCUUGUGGGUGGAGAAGUAUGAGGCUCUCUAUGGCCCCAUCAUCGGAGAAGAGGAUGAAAAUGGUAGUGGCAAUAGCGGUGAUACUGGUAGCGAUAGUGACAGCCAUGACAGUGACAAGGAGACGAAAGGCAACGACAGCGACUAGAGCACCGGCCACUAGCAGCAUCACUCGAUGAAUUUAUCGCGAGCUCGUGUCUAUUUUGUCGGCGCUGAUUUUUUGUUUGAAUAUCUCUCCGCGCCGCCGUUUAUUCUGAUGAGCUACGCACCACUGCUCAUCAAGACCAGACGACUGUUUCUCCUCCGUGGAAGCAUCAAGUGCAAAAUCUGCUAGCAGGGCGUUCACAGCCGAUUGUCGGGCGUUCGCAUUCGCAUGGUGUAACGAGCGCGUCAAGAGCCGCUGAAUUCGGUAGCAGCAAUUGCGGCAUCGCUGAAAGGCGCAUCGGCUUUCACGCUGGAUCGUUGCAGAGCACUGCGGGGACUUGCAAACGAGCUGGAGACGGAUUGUAGGUUCAGGGACAGUGAGACCAUCACCAACUGGAGUUUGGCCGUCGGUGUGUGGACGAUUGGCGGACCAAAUCACGCCUGGAGCUUCCCCAUGAAGAUGGUUAACCAGUGCCAUCUUGGUUUGGUGACGAGCCUUCCGCCGAAACUUGUCGUCGCUAUUAGAGUCAUCAGAUUCGGUGACGACGAUAUUAUUCACCUUUCGGAUGUCAAGUAAAGCAGGAGUGAUGAACCGCUCUAAGCUUCCACGAUCACGGAGAGAUACACGCAAAAAUCCAGCAGAGUUCGCGUUGUUAAGCCGCUGGACGACGAAAGGCUUGAGUAAGGUCGCCAGCCGCUGUGACCACGCGAAGGAGGACAGCAUCCACCUGACAGCCGAAAGAGUGCGAUCCCGAAGCCAACGACCGGACGGAAGAUGAAGUAGCCAGCUUAUCAAGCCAUCUGUCUUGAUGCUAUGCUGACGAUUGUCUUCAGUCUUGAGGAAUGAUACCUGGCUUCCCUUGUCCACCGCGGUGACCCAAGUGCCAGCUUUAGAGAUGCUAACCUGCUGCUUCUCCUUACCAGUGGCCUUGGUGUGGUCUUUGAUCUCGAAUGCAACGUCGGACAGCGAUGAGAAAAAUGCGUGCGCUGGUUGGUUCCGCUCCGUUGGCUCCCAGGCAAACUCUAGCUGUGUCGCGCCAAUUCUUACUGCGACUUCGCUCAGUUUUCGCAUCAUAGCGUGCUCCACCCCGCGGUUCAACGCACGACAGCUAAGCAGAAAGCUGUCCACUAACAAAACAUUGUGAUCGCGUGCAUGUCGACAGAGAGCCACGUUCACCAGGCCGUAGUGGCCGAAACGAUCAGUCACAUGAGCGCAGAUUACCGUGUGUUCCGGAGCUGCGAUAUAUUUCAGCAAUUCUUCUUCCUCCAAGCGCUUGGCGAAUGUUGUUGCUGUGUUAAACUGAUUCGUGCGAUGGUGAAGCUGCAGCGCUCGAGUAAAUGACGAGCUUCUCUGUUGAAGUUCUUGAUCGCGAUCGAGCUCUUCGAAGACAAUCUUCACACCGAGAGCACUUAAGAAGGCCUUAUGCGUCGAUGAAAACUCACGAAGCUGUUCACGCUGGAGAUUCUGCUGGUAAAGCUGCGUUCGGUCGUUAUCUUCCUUAGUGCUUGUAGCUGAUCCACUCGAGCGCAUGUCCAAACCAUCGUCGAAAACCCAUUCGUGGUCGAGUACUGACUCAGAAAAGUCUGCUCCGAGCGGAAUGACUGUCACGGAGGGCAAUGCAGUUGCGACUUCGUUGCAUUCUAGAGGGUUGUCGUCGAUGAAGAUGAACGAGUCCAGCCCUACGCAACGACAUUCAGUGUCAACAAUCAACAAGUGUGAAAAGCAAAAUAUUCACCAACAUACCAAGAGAGAGCUCCUUGGCGAGUUGCGCGAUAUUUUCCGACUUUGGUUUCCAGUUAACUUUGGUGGCUACCACGUGCUUAUCCAAGUCGAGCACCAUAUCUUUGCGACGUUGCGUAAAAGCCUCCGUCACGUCCUCGAGGAUGUUCUUGCUGCAAAGUGCAAGCAACAUACCUCGUUGCUGCUGUGCAAUAACGAAGCGCUGAAGUGCGAGAAAUCUCGUACCAAGAUCGAUCCCGCUGGGUCCAACUUCAGCUACCGCUCCACCCCACAAAGUGUUGUCGCAAUCGAGAACAAUGACUUUCUUUCGACUGCCAGCAGUUCGAUAAAGGCGACAUAUUUGUCUACUGAGCGACAAACUCAUCACAUUCAGCAUCGCUUGAGUGUACGGAGAGUGUUGGCGCUUGUCAGCAACGACAUCGUAGAAUGCAGUCCUGUACUGCUGUUCAAAAAGAGAAAGUAGCCGUUCUGAUGACUGCACAGUCACGUUCUGCAUAGCCUCAAUCUUGCUUUGCACCUUGCGCUCCAUUGCAUCGAAUCUUGUAGCUGUAGGAGGGGGACCUGGGCAUAGCAAUACCACCAGCGGUGCAGUAGCCAU